GGCGGAAUGUGAUGUGUGUAUUUAGUGUGUGUACAUUUGUGUAGAUACAAUGUUUAAGACGUGUGUGAUACUCGGGUUGGCUUGUGUCUUGCUGCAAGUUGCGGCUGACGAUGAUUUUGGUCCCGGAACUUGGAAGGUCCACUUCAUAGAGAAAUGCGAUCAACACAACCAUAAGUUCAUAUUCGACAUAAAACAGAAGAAAAUUAAUAGAACCCACGACGGAUUCAAUGGAAACCUUAUACUGGACGAAGAUUUCGACGAGUUUUUUGGAGUCCGUAUAGAUAUAUGCAAGCACGUAGACGGCGGGUGUAAGCAGUACCAGGUGUUGUCAGACGACUGUUUCAUCAAUUUCGUCAACAAAUACGCCGAGGAAAACGCUAAGGUCGCUUUGACAUUCGCCGGUGUAGUUCCACCUGAGUUUCCAGUACAUUCGGGCAAUUACGAGUUAAACGACUAUAUAUUCGACUACUCGGAGCUCCCAAGCGACGGGUGGUACGGCUACUUCUGUGCCAAGGCCUUCGUGCUGCAAGGAUCCGAAGAGGUCGGCUGCGUGGAGAUCCACGUCGAAUUCAUCAAAAUAGAAGAAGAUGAGGAUGACUAGACAAUGUUAGCUGUUGAUGAUUGAGUAUAAG